AUGAUAAAAUUAAAUUGUGAUGGUGCUUUUUCUAGUAGCGAUAAUGCAGUUGGGCUUGGUGGUGCAUUUCAAAAUAGUAAUGGAGAUUGGAUUGUGGGAUUCCACAAAGCAAGCCAAGCAAUUUCUCCUACACAUGCAGAGUUGACGGCAUUGCUAGAAGGAUUGAAAAUUGCAAAAGAAAUGAACUUCCUAAAUCUGGAAAUUGAAACUGACUUUGAAGCUCCCACUCCUGAAGCAUAUUUCACGGAAGGAAAUGAGGUGGCACAUAUGCUGGCCAAGCAAGCUAUAAAGAGCCCACCAUCUACAAAGUGUUUUUUCCAUGCCUGUCUACCCUUUUUCGUCGAACAAGAAGUGAUCAAGAACAAGCAUGGUGUUUUUAAUAGUGUUAAGAAUAUUUCUACUAGUGUUUGUAACUAUUUGGCAACUAUGGGCAACAGUAAUGCCCUAAAAACACUUACUAUGCCUAUGUAG